AUGUCGGUAGAAGUGGAAAUAUCUCAUGAAAAUAUUUCAACAGGUUCUUAUCCUAAUGUUAACGAGGAAUUAAAUAGUGAACCUUAUAUUGGGAUGGAAUUCAAAACUGUUGAAAAAGUUAGAGAAUUUUACAAUUCAUUUGCUAAAAGAUUGGGUUUUGGAGUACGCGUUCGUUCAACAAAACCAAAAAGAGCUAUUUUGGUAUGCUGUAAUGAAGGUCAACAUAUGAUGAAAAGUUCUAGAAACAAAGAAAUCCAAUAUGACACAAAUCAAGCUAAAAGAAAGUGUUCAACUCAAAGAAGUGGUUGUCAAGCUUCACUUAUUGUUUCAAGAGGUACAACAGAAGGCAAUUGGAUUAUAUGUUCAUUUAAUAAUGAUCAUAACCAUGACAUGGUUAGCCCUAGAAGCGUGUCUUAUAUGAGAUGUCAUAAAAGGAUGAGCACUGCUGCAAAAAGUCUUGUUGAACAAUUUAGUGGUUAUGUUAAACUCUUUAAACAUGGAGUUGAUUAUUUGAUGAAUUUGUCAUUGUUACUAUAA